AUGGGAUCGCGAAAGCGCACCCACUCCGAGGCCGUCUCGGUGGCCGAGCAACAAGCACCAGAAGAACCUGGUUUACUCUCACAGCUCAGGAGUAACUGGGCAUUUGCAAGCCUCAUGCAAUACAUUGCCAUCUUUGGCCAGGUCAUGAAGAUUGACGAGGAGUUUGGGAUUGAGGACCUAGAAGUCGAAUGCCUCAAACCCGAGCCCUCUCAUAAACUACUAGAGAUUGGAUUGUGUCUCCUUAAAUGGAUUUCGUCGCAUCGCGGUCUUACCUUCGACAAUUUCGAUGAGUACACCCGACGCCAGUACAAUGCGAAAGCACCCAAUACCACCAAUCCCUUCGGCCACGAGGAAGAGCCAAACAAGUUCUUGCACUUCGAUGUUUUCACCAAGAUUCAUGUCCUCCACCAGCUGACGGUAUGGACAUUCUGGAACCCGGACCGCAUUCGCGACAAGAUGCCUGAAAAGAAGGAAACCGAGCAGACAGAAUGGCGUAUUGAAGAGUUUGGCUGGGACCGCGAGGGGCGUUCAUACUAUGUACUAGAUGACAACCGUCUUUACCGUCGCACCGACCCUCCUCCGCCUCCACCUCGCCAGCGUCCCAAGAAGAAGGCAAAGAGCCGGUCUUCUCGAGUAUCGAGAACGUCAAAGCGUACCUCUACGGCAGCGGCGGAAGAGGGUUCCGACGAGGAGAGCAAGGAUACCAACGAUGCAAAUGCCGCCGCAGCCUUUGCUGAAGACCCUUUCAAGUGGGAGUGCGUGGCUGUCACACUCGAGGAAUACCAGGCUUUCUUAGAUACACUUCAAAAAACCAAGGACGCGGACGAGAAAUACUUACGCGAUAGCAUUGUUGAGCAUGUCCUGCCUAUCCUCGAAAAGGCAGAGGAAGCGCAGCAGCGCAAGCGCCAGAAGCGUGAAAAGGAGCUUAUGAACCUACAGCUGGUUGCAGGUGCUAAGAGGUCCAGCCGACUUGCCGCCAAGGAAGAAAAGGAACGACAGGAUCGAGAUGCUGCUGAAGCUGCCCAAAAGCGUGAGAGCGACCUGGCCGAGGCUCGUAAGCAGCAGGCGAAGCAACAUCAGCUUGAAGAAGAUCGACAGUCGCGUACAAUGACUCGAGAGCAGCGCAUCCGAGAUCGUGAACAGAAGCGACUGCUGCAUGAGGCGGAGCUUGAAAGGAUCGAGGAGGAGCAACAAAGAAUCGAAAGGGGUGAAAGCAGGGUGUCUGCCCGAAACCUCCAGGCUGAUCUGGAGAAAUCCCAGAAGAAUCUGGCAGGGCUUGCCCAAGAUGACCAGUGGGUAUUUGAUUGCUCUGGCUGUGGAGUGUAUGGCGAGAAUUUGGAUGACGGAAGUCAUAGUGUUGCCUGCGAAAAAUGCAAUGUUUGGCAGCAUAGCAAGUGUCUUGGUAUCUCACAGCAAGCGGCCGAAAAGGAAGACUUUCACUUUGUCUGCCGAGACUGCAAGCAAAAAGAGGAAGAUUCCAACAGGCCCAAACUUCCACCCCUCAAAUUCCGAGUCAGCGCUUCAGCAUCUCCUUCGGCUGCUCCUCCGGUGAGUAAGAAACAGAAGGCGGAGGAUGACGAAGAUCAUGCUCCGCCUUCACCUGUGAAGAAAUCACAUCUAGCUCUAUCCAACGUUCAAAAAGAACCCUCAAGAACACAACCUACUCUACACUCGUCCGCUAUUGGUCAUGGCAACUUCUAUCCUCCUCGAUCUCCCCAGCGCCGGGUCCACCACACAGAUCACACUCCAUCUUCAAGCCCUCCUCGUCCACCCUUUUCUCCGCCAAAGGCCAUCCUCCUCUCAGCACCCUUUGCCGCCUAUGCAGCCAGCUCUUCAUCUCCCCCCUUUGGAUCGUUCCCUGUGCGGCCCUCCUCCUCUCACUCUGCUCAAAGUCCUGUUCAAAACCAACCAUCCAUGUCACCUACACAGGGCAACCCUGAUGUUGGCCCUAUUGCGGGCUUCCCGUCUGUUGCUCCAAGCCACACAGCAUCUCCGUGGAGUUCUUUCGAGACUCCUCGUCCGCAGUCAGGUCAUGCAGCCACGCCAUCGAUGUCUAAUCACUACCCGUCUUUCUCUGCUGCGACGCCCAACGGCAACCACUCUUCGCCUCCUCAAAGUUCUCACGGCAUGGCUAUGUCGGGGAUCAGCCCAACUAAGCAGUCACCUCGUCCGCUUACUGCCAGUGCCAUGGCGGGCGCACCAGUCCUGCCGCCCAUCCGCAGACUGGAGCCGAGCCCGAAGCUCAUGGGUCGUAGCUCUCCAGAUGCUCCGAUCCCUCCACCUGUUAAAUGCAUGACUCCUGAGCAGGAGGAACGCCGACAGAGAGAGAAUGCUUCAAUGCUACACCAGGCUCAUCAAUACCAGGGCAAUGGUCAGCAUCUGAUGUCAUCGCCAUCGCUGAAUCGCCUUCCUCCCUUGGGCUCAGGGACCACAUCUCAGUACCCUGACCCUGUUCCUUCGCCUCAGCGUGGAAGCAACCAAAAGCAAUGA